AGAGUAGGAAGCGAUCGGUUCUGUAUUUCACUGUAAUAAAAAAAUCAUAAGCAUUUUCCAUAUCGUUGAUGUUUUAUUCUGUUUUACAUUUAACUACCUAUCAUCAAACCCUCCUUUAGUCAGCUUUAAGGUUUAGCUAACGGAAAAUAUUUUGUCUGCCCUGGUCGUGAAAGUAUGUGAGGCAGAUUGAUUGAUUUUAAUAAUUAAUCAUCGAAAUCGGAUGCAAGAUCAGUGAAGUGAGUUCAAAAGGACUAACACUUUCAAUAUGAAUCAAAAGAUUUUAAUAGGCUGUCUAAUCACGAUUUCAAUUCAAAUAAUACUUACUAAAUCAGAUCCUUACACUUGUGGAUCUAUUGAGAUUCAUAAUGAAGAUGAUUUGAAAAAAAUUCAAGGCUGUGUAAGAAUUGGAGGCUAUGUGCAACUUACGAAUUUCCGAAUCACCAACACUUCUAACAUUGCGACAAGUAUUGAAGAAAUCUCAAACUAUCUAUUGGUCUAUCGAAUAGAGGGACUAGAAAGCCUGGAGGAUAUUUUUCCUAGUCUUACAAUAAUUCGUGGACAUGACUUACUAUUCGAUCGAUAUUCUCUUGUGGUGUAUGAAAAUAGGGAGAUACGUGAUAUAGGCUUGAAAUCUCUACUGAAAGUUCGAAAUGGUCAUAUCAAGAUUGAAUCUAAUCCAGUUUUAUGUUACACGAAAACAGUAAAUUGGAUUUACCUUUUGGAAAACCAUUUGACACAGCAUUUCUUUAUACAGAACAACCAAAAUGACAACGAGUGUCCUAAAUGUGUUAAAAUACAUGAAGAAUUGGAAAAAGACAAUUUUUCGGAAUUUAAAUAUUUUAGAUUUAAUUGCUGGAACAAAAACACCUACCAACUUAAAAAACCUUUCGAAACAACAAAAGGUUGCCCUGAAACCUGUAAAGAUACAGGAUGCAGCAAUGAGGGUGAAUGCUGUUCACCGUUUUGUUUAUCAGGAUGUCAUGCAGAAAAUUGCCGCAUAUGCAAGGAUUUCAAAAAUUUCAAUGGAAAAUGCAUUCCAACUUGCAAUAUUCCUUACUACAAGUUAGGCGACAAAUGCCUUACUGAAAAUCAAUGUAAGGAUAUGCGUUUUAUUCCACAUGCUGGUUUUUGCAUUGAAAACUGUCCACCAAGUUAUCAAAAGGACAAUGAUAAUUUAAGAUGUAAUUUGAAAUGUAAGGGUAAUUUUACAAUACGCUCCAAAAAGGACCUGGAAAACGUAAGAGACUGCGUUGUUCUUUUAGGUUCAUUACAUAUCGAACUAAAAGGAGAUCAAUCCGAUAACAUCAUUCAAGAACUUGAAAGCGCCCUUGGAGGAAUAACGGAAAUAAGAGACUACUUAAAAGUUACGAAUUCACCUCAACUUAUGAGUUUGGGUUUCUUUAGAAAGCUUGACACGAUAAGGGGUGAAAAUUUGAUAGACCAAGAAGUCGCAUUGUUUGUUGUGGAUAAUUUUCAUAUGGAAGAAAUUUGGCCAGCUAAUCAUAAAGUUGCCAUUUUUAAUGGCCGCAUAUUUUUUCACUUAAAUCCACGACUUUGCUACGAAAAAAUACUCGAAUUAGCUCCAUCAAUAAAGAAUAUGGAUAAGAUUGAAAUAAGAGAUGCAUCACACAAUUCGAAUGGCGAAAGGACAAUUUGUGGAAGUGAAGUUAAACAAAUUUAUCCUAUAAUUGAAGCUUAUAAUGCAACUGCUGCUAGAGUAAAACUGACUCCUCUAGCUUCUUCUGAUAGAUACUCUAUUUUGGGUUAUUUAUUUUACUACAAAGAAGCUCCUUUAAGAAACGUUACAAUGUUUGAUGGAAGACAUGGAUGUGGUCGUGACAACUGGAUAAUGGAUAUGCAAUUAAAUCCAAACAUUCGACAUGUGUUUUCAAAUUUGAAGCCAAAUACACAAUAUGCUUACUUUGUGAAAACAUUUAGUUCCUUAGAAAAUAACUAUCAAAAACAGGAUUGGUAUUCUGCAAUUCAAUAUUUUACAACAAAAACAGCGAAACCAGGUGCUGUGCAGAAAAUUUAUUCACUUCAGAUUGCUGACACCGCAGUUAUAAUCCAUUGGUGGCCACCAAAAAAUAGCAAUGGUAUCAUCCAAAAAUAUCUAAUCCGUCACGAGUUGACAAAUCAUCACGUUAGAUAUUCGCAAAUUUUUGGAUAUAGCCCAGAUACAGACGGUAACAAGGAUUGUGAAUGCAAUAUCAAGCAAAAACUUCGUGGCCCUACGCCUUCAGAUGAAGACUUUUAUAAUAGAGAAAAGGCUGUUUACGAAUCUGCUGUUAUGAAUUUCAUUUAUGUUUCAUCUGAUCGUCUCGAUAAAAUUGCAAAGGAGAAUGAAGAGGAAGAAAAGACUCGUCGAAAGCGUGAUUCUCAAAACUUGACCCAAACACCUGAAGAAAAAACCACAGAGAAAAGCGUAAGAAGAUUGGAUAUUAAUGAUACCGAAACUGAAAUUUUGUUGAAAAAACAUUUUGCGAAAGUGGAACAGAAAUCUAUACGCGAACAGGAUACAGGCCCAGACAAUUUCCCCAUUUUAAAGCCCCCCGUUGUUUGUGCACCGAAUUCCACCGAAAAGACGAAUUGUGAACCUUUAGAAUGUUAUUUAGGUACAGAAGUUCCUGGUACAAUGCAUUCUUAUAUCUUGGUCGAUCUAAUUCCUGAAAAAAUUUACCAAGUUUUUGUAAGAGCAUGUGUAAAGGAUGUACCGAAUGGCUGCGGUCCGGAAAAAUUCAUUGAAGUGGAAACACAUACAAAAAAGUUGAAAAAAAGACAAGCUUUUUUAUAGUGUGAAUAUUUUUUUUUUAAUUAUAAUUUUAAGUUAAGUUUUAUGUUGGCAGAACUUGCCCGGUGUAAUUUAUAUGUAUUGUAGUGGUGGCGAACAAGUGUAAGAAAGAUGUACAAAUCAAAAUGCGUAGAUUCUGUCUUUUUAAUUUAAAACACUGAUUAAAAAACAUUUAUGUAGAAUUGUAA